AUGGACUUCAGCGAGCCAGAAUAUUACUGUUCAGUUUGUAUGGGUGUCAUGGAUCGGGAUGAGAAAAAAAUGAGACCGCAAAGAUGCAGCCAUUAUUUUCAUCCAGAAUGUCUUGAAGGCUGUAUCAAGGUGAGAAUUGAGAAAAAAACUCAAAGUAUUUCAAGAAAAAUCUGAAACUAAAUUUUAAAACUAAUUUUGAUCUACCAUCAUAAAAAAAUUAUCUAAAACUGACCAAACGUAACUUUGUUUUCAGGCCAAACAAAGAACCAAAAAACCAACGUGUCCAAAUUGCCGUCAACCAAUCGGUUUGGUUGAAACAGUCUACAAAUCAAAAACGACUGGACAAACCAUGAGAAGAACAAGAAAAUCACAUCGUGAAUGUGUAAGCAGAGAUUGUUAUGACCCAACAACUUGUCAAGUUUGCAUGCUUUCUGUUGCUGAACAUGCAACUCUUCUAUGCGAUGCUUGCCAAUCAGGAUGGCAUAUGUAUUGCUUGAAAGAACCGUUGACUGCAAUUCCAGAAGGCGAAUGGUAUUGCCCAUAUUGCACAGCAAAUGUAAGAUUCUUUAUUUUUGUCAUCUAAAUAUUUUUGUUGAAUUUUAGCCACGAAGAAUUGCUCAUCACAAAGAAAAAGAGUUGAUUGAGGUAGGUUUUGAUUUGGCCUAUCAGAAAAUGAAAAAAAAAAGAUUAUUUAGUACCUGGUCAAUGCAAUUCGAAAUGCGGAUCAAGAAGAGUUGGAAAGAGCUUUGAAUGCUCCAAUGUAUGAAGAUGCUGACGCUGAGCCAAUGGAUCAAAGCAGUGGGGAUCCAGUCAUCGGAAUUGUGAGUUUUCACAAGAGUUGAGAUAUUGGGUUUGAUUGUGAGGGGAAAUCUAUUUUUUGGUACAAUUUUUUCCGUUUCACAUGAACACUAAAAACAAUUUUUUUACAGAAUGCCGAUUCAAAACCAUAA